UGUUUAUAUAACACAACACGCAUUUAUUUAGGUCCCGUCAAGUCAGUUAAAUGGCAUUAAAAGUUGUAUUAAUACGUCAAUGUCCAUAGGAGACCUUGAAUUAUUAAGCUGAACUUGAUCCGCAUGUGAACAUAAACUGGCAUCUCAUCUCUCUGUAAAUUACAAUAGUAUGCACACUCAGCACUUCACCUUCAACAUUGUAACAAUUUUCCUGACAAAAAAAUACAUUUUAUUGUUCUAAUUGUUGGGUACGAAAUCAAAUCAUAAUAAAAUUAUUGAAAUAUCACCUUCAACAGGUGUGAGUUUCGUGUUUUGAGCAUAUUCCGACCUUAUGUAAUUCAAAUUAAGCCAUGACGCUGACAGGGUUAACUUAACCAGAGUUCGUUAAUAUGAGUAUGAAUUAAGAGUUCAAGAGCACUCAUCGUUAUCAGGACACACCACUCAUUUAAUCCAAUCGUUAAGUUACAUCAUAUCAUAAUAAUACCAGGUUUUAGUUUAGUGCAUAACUGAUACUGCGUGUGGGAGUAAAGCAAAAUUAAAUGGACAAUUUGGCACAUUCCGUAUCUAAUUUUUUCCAAGUCUUGAUCAACCGUUCCCUGUGAAGCAUGAGUAGAAAAAGUAUUUUGGCGUUCAAUAAGUCUCUCGUAAGACUUUUGCCAUCUUCAAGCCAUCCUAUUCCAAUAUGGACCGUAUUAUUAAGCGGACCGAGUACUUUCAGAGUGCAUGAGAGCCACUCCCACAGAAAAUGCUAUUCUCAAAAUCAUUCUUCAAAAUUUAAUUAUUCAUCUGAGCAUGAAAAUGCAUCGGGUGAAAGUUGGAACAAAAGUGGAAUUUUUGGAGCAUUUACCGGCCUAACCCUUGCCGCAUACGUGGCGUGGAGAAAGUCAGAGCAGAAUGGAGUUCAUGCUGCCACAGUACGGAUGGAAUCAGAGGAAAUAAAAAAGGAUCUUCCAACUUACAAAAGUUCUGAAGUGGCAGUGCACUACAAUCCCGAGACGAAGAUUUGGGUAACUUUUAAACGAGGAGUUUACGAUGUUACUGAAUUUGUGGAAAAGCAUCCCGGAGGCUCAAGAAUCAUGAUGGCAGCUGGAGCAUCACUCGAACCAUUUUGGGAACUAUAUCCCGUCCACCAGAGACCCGAUGUGUUUCAGAUCCUUGCAAAGUACAGAAUAGGCAAUCUCUCAGAGGAAGAUGUACUAGAACAACAACAACCUGCAGAAGAUCACUUCAAAAAUGAGCCGAAACGACAUCCAGUCUUAAAACAGAGGUCACUAAAACCGUUCAACGGAGAAACUCCGCCUUCUAUUUUGGCUGAGCAGUUUUAUACGCCAAAUGACGUCUUUUACGUUCGUAACCACCUCCCAGUCCCACAAGUGGAUGUCAAAUCGUAUUGUCUCGAAAUUGAGGGAAUUUCCAUAAAAUCUUCCAGUUUGCGGUUGGACGAUGUCAAAAAAUUCCCUAAAGUGACCAUAGCCGCGACCAUCCAGUGUGGUGGGAAUCGUAGAUCUGACAUGUCAAAGGCGAAACCUUCGGCUGGUUUAGCCUGGUCCGGAGGAGCGAUUGGGAAUGCAAAAUGGACCGGAGCCAGCUUAAAGGAUAUUCUCAAAAAGGCAGGAUUCGACCCCAAAAAAUAUCCACACCCAGAGAAAGUCCAUGUUCAGUUUGAAGGGCUGGACAGCGACCAAUCUGGUGAAUGUUACGGAGCCUCAAUUCCACUCACUUACUUUUUGGACGAAAAUUUUGAACCUGUACUCGCCUACGAAAUGAACGACAAAAGUAUUCCAAUCGACCACGGGUUUCCCUUGCGCGUGAUUCUGCCAGGAAUCGUGGGAGCAAGAAGUGUCAAGUGGUUAUCCCGAAUCAUCAUAUCCAACCAAGAAUCUCAGUCCCUGUGGCAGCAGAGGGACUAUAAAGUGUUCAGCCCGUCGGUCACAAUGGAAUCUGUAGAUUUCAACUCGGCCCCUGCCAUCAUGGACACGCCUGUCACCUCGUAUAUUUGCUCGCAUGAGGAUGGACAAGUGGUAGCACAGGGGAACAUCAAAAUGCAGGGGUACGCCUUUUCUGGGGGUGGGAGAGGAAUUGUACGGGUGGAAAUUUCUAAAAAUCGAGGCAAUACGUGGGAAGUAGCUACAAUUAAGCACAAAGCUCCGUCGGCAGCAAGAAAUUGGGCCUGGGUCAUGUGGGAGGCGGAAGUAGCUGUGAACAAGCAGGACAAAGAGAUCUGGGUGAAAGCUGUCGACACGGGGUACAAUCAACAGCCCGAAGACUUUAAGAAUGUUUGGAAUUAUAGAGGACUCGUGUCCACUGCAUAUCAUAAGAUUACAUUAAAUGUCAAAUAAUAAGUUGCUGCGUGUUAGUAUUAUUAUAAAAAUUGAGGAGUAUUGAUCACUAGUUCAGAAAACAUUUCGUUAUUUACUUAUAUGAAUUUAUAUAAGAUAACUAUUUGACACAGUAAUCAUAAUAAAGAUAAAAAGAUAUAAUAAAGAUAUUAAACAACUA